GAAACUACUUCCACUAAUAAAAUAGUGAUAUGAAGUUGGAUCAGUAAGACAGUAUACCCUUCAUUUAUACACAACACAAACAAAGAUGCUUGCUACUAUGCUCUAGUUCCCCAAUCCCACUACUCCUUUUUCUGUGUUUCAUCCUUUAACUUUCCCGCUCUCUCCUCUCUUCUUCCACACCCUUCUCCUCUCAAUUUUCUUUCUUUCAUUAUCUCUGUCUGAACCUUUUCAUAUUUUCAAGAAAAUAAAAAGAAAUGAAUAAUAGAUUCAGACAGCCUCCGCAGUCCAAAAAAGUUCCUUUGAAUCCUCAAAAGGAGAAGAAGAUGGAAAUACAGCAAACCAAAUUCUUGUCUUCAGAGAAGCCUAGAGCUAAUAGGCGUCAAGCAGCAAAAGAAAGACAAUUAGCCUUACUUCAAGAUGUUGAUAAGCUAAAGAAGAAGCUGAGGCAUGAAGAAAAUGUUCACAGAGCUUUGGAAAGGGCUUUCUACAGACCUUUAGGAACUUUACCUCGCCUUCCUCCUUAUCUUCCCAAAUAUACAUUAGAGCUUCUUGCUGAGGUAGCUGUUUUAGAAGAAGAAGUGGUCCGGCUUGAAGUACAGGUUGUUAAUUAUAGACAAGGUCUCUAUCAAGAAGCAGUUUCCACAUGCUCAAGGAGAAAUACGGAUGAUAUCCAUUUAUCCGAUUCAUGCCCUCAGUUUCAUGGUAAAGGUCCUAAGCAAAAGCAUUCAAGAUCAUUGUCCAUGAGUGAGGUCAAUCUCGGGUCAUCUGUUCCACAUUCUUCUCCUUCUCUAAGUAGGAGUGCUUCAAGUAGAAAGUUGUUUUUAAAAGAAUCCGUUUUUGAUAGCUCGAGAAUUUGCUAUGAUGUAACAUCAAAUAGCAGACAAACUGUUACGAAGAAUUGCAAUGAUUCAUUGAAAGAUGGCUUGGGAAAAGAGAACCACUCGGCUGAUACUUCUACUAAGGAUAAGGCAUCUCCACAGAAGCAAGUCAACACGAUAAAAACUUCGUCGAAAAGGCCUCCGGUUAAGCCUGAAUCAAUCAGCCAAAUAGCAGAUGUUAGGCUGCAGUGCAGGGCUGUAGAACAGGCACAAGAGAGCUGUUUAGCUUCGUCAGAUGACAGGGAAUUCGAAGUUGAAAGCACAGAAAAUAAAAUUUCUGAAGAAAUUUUGAAGUGCUUGUCUAGCAUCUUAAUAAGGUUGAGCACAUCUAAAGGGAAGAUAGCAAAUCCAGAAUCUUUUCGCUCGUUAGGAGCAAAAGCCUUCAAUGAAAGCAAUGGGGAGAGGGAGUUGCAAGAUCCGUAUUGCAUCAGUUCAGAACUUAGGAAGCAAGAUAUUGGAGAAUACAGAUAUAUACUCAAUAUAGAUGCUAACUCUGUUAAUCUAAACCGGAAAAUGAAUGCUUCAUUUCUGAUUCACAGACUUAAGAUUCUCCUUGGCAAGCUAUCAUCUGUGAAAUUAAAGGGUUUGACCCAUCAGCAGAAGCUAGCAUUCUGGAUAAACACAUACAAUUCCUGUGUGAUGAAUGCAUUUGUAGAGCAUGGUAUUCCAGAGACUACUGAACAAGUUGUCUCACUAAUGCAAAAGGCAACAAUUAAUGUGGGAGGGCAUUUGCUAAAUGCAAUCAUGAUUGAGCACUUUAUCUUGAGGCUACCUUACCACUUAAAAUAUACAUGCUCAAAGUCAACAAAAGACAAUGAGCUGAAGGUUCGGACUGUUUUCGGCUUGGAGUGGUCUGAGCCUCUCGUCACAUUUGCACUCUCCUGUGGAAGUUGGUCCUCCCCUGCAGUGAGGGUGUACACUGCAUCUCAAGUUGAGACUCAGUUGGAAACAGCAAAAAGAGAUUAUUUACAAGCAGCAGUUGGUAUUUCUGCAACAAAUAAGCUCAUUAUCCCCAAGUUGUUGGAUUGGUAUCUUCUUGAUUUUGCAAAGGACUUAGAUGCAUUGUUAGACUGGGUGUGCCUGCAGCUACCAGAUGAACUUAGAAAUGAAACUAUGAAAAGCCUCGAGAGACGAGGAAGAGAACCCCUUUCACAAUUAGUGCAAGUAAUGCCUUAUAAUUUCUGCUUCAGGUACCUCAUACACCAAUAAAAUAUUCUCAUAUAUCUGAGCUUUCACAAGUUCCAGAGUUGGGGACAAAUCUAUACUAGCACAGAAGACUAAGUACAGGUAUAGGAACUGUAUGAGAAGCAUACGGUUUCAGAGGAAAGUGUUUACGGACCAAGUGAUGGUCAUUGAAUUUCCAGAUACCAGUAUAGGAUGUAGCAAAUUCAAUUUGUGAAAAUUCUUUGUAUCCCCUAGACACCUAGAGUUAAUAAUCUCAACGAGAUCAUAAUCUCGCGAGUCUAAACAAAAAUGUUGCUUGCUGAAACAGAAUGUGGAAUCAGAGUAUAUGUGAUAUGAUAUGUGUAGAUUUAAUUCUGCGGCCAAGGUUGUGUGUCAUUCGACUACACUUUGGGCACUGCCAUCAUAUUUUACUUUCUCUGUCUCAAUUUGUUUGACAAUAUCACUGUUUCGAGAGUCAA